AUGGCCAGAGUAGGUUAUAUAUACCAAGCUCAAGGUUCAAGACCCAGCAGUCCUGAUAGAGAAAUCGCAAUGACGGACAAAGGGGAUUUACAGUUGACAACUGUCUCAUGUGAAAAUGAACGAGGAUUAGAUAAUCCAGGAUUUGUUAAGGAGGAUCAAUUAUCAGAUGACCAGGGUGACGGUGAUAAAGAGUCAGAAAAGGACUCCAAAAAGGACUUCAAAUCAUACUUAAGAAAGGUUGGCAUACCCAUCACAGCCACAGAGACCUUCUUCAAAGCGCAUUCCAAAACAAUCAAAUACAUUGCUUUGGCAAUACUCGCCGCAGGUUAUUUGGCAUACUUCAUUGCUGCCUGUUAUUUGAAUUUCCAGAGGGCAAUUGCUUUGGUUGUCCUCACAUGUCUAGGGGUGUUCAUUAUUGCGUGGGAACUAGUGAAUAAGUAUACGGGUGACCGCAUAAGGAAAUUCUUUAAACCUGCUCAAAGAUGGUUUAAAUCCCACAUGAGAUGGAUAAAAUGGGUGUUUGUAAUAGUUGUGGUGGGACUGCUGGUGGCAUGGCUGGCGGUCGACACACGAAAGCGGCCAGAACAGCUCAUCUCUUUUGGAGGUGUCUGCCUCUUUGUUAUUGUCAUAUUUCUGUUCUCUGCACACAGAACUGCGGUCCGAUGGAGAACCGUCUUUUGGGGACUUGGUUUACAGUUUGCCAUAGGCUUGUUUAUCAUUAGGACAGAACCAGGUCUAAUAACCUUUGAAUGGCUCGGAGAGCAAGUUCAGACAUUUUUGAACUACACAGUAGCAGGCUCAUCAUUUGUGUUUGGAGACCUAACAAAAAACAUAUUCGCCUUCCAGGCUCUUCCUAUAGUCAUAUUCUUCAGCAGUGUAAUGUCUGUCCUGUACUACUUGGGGGUAAUGCAGUGGAUUAUCAUGAAGAUAUCCUGGGUCAUGCAAGUCACAAUGAGAACCUCAUCUACAGAGACUCUCAGUGUGGCGGGAAAUAUAUUUGUUGGUCAGACAGAGGCACCCUUACUUAUUCGUCCAUAUUUGAAAGACAUGACCAAAUCUGAGAUUCACGCUGUCAUGACUGGAGGAUUUGCCACCAUUGCUGGGAGUGUCAUGGGUGCAUUUAUGUCAUUUGGGAUUGACGCUUCAUCUCUGAUCUCUGCAUCUGUGAUGGCCGCCCCGUGUGCUUUAUCCAUCUCCAAACUAUCUUACCCUGAAACUGAGAAGAGCAAGUUCACAUCCUCUGAUCAGAUUAAAGUUGACAGCAGUGGUGAACAGAACAUAUUAGAAGCUGCCAGUAGUGGUGCCUCCGCAUCUAUAGGGCUUGUGGCCAACAUAGCCGCUAACCUGAUCGCUUUUCUCGCCAUUUUGGAUUUCAUCAACGCUGCUUUGAGCUGGUUGGGAGGCAUGGUUGGAUACCCAGAAGUCACUUUUCAGAUGAUCUGCUCUUACGUGUUUAUGCCUGUGGCUUUCAUGAUGGGGAUUCCAUAUGAGGAGUCGUUUAUAGUGGCUGAACUUAUUGGCACUAAACUUUUCCUCAAUGAGUUUAUAGCCUAUGAGAAGUUGUCCGAGCUUAAAAGCAACAGACUGAAUGGCAUUUUGGAAAGUGGUCCAGACAGAAACUGGAUCUCAAUUCGGUCAGAAAUCAUCUGCACUUAUGCCUUGUGUGGCUUUGCUAACUUUAGUUCUCUUGGCAUUGUGAUUGGAGGCCUGUCUUCUAUUUGUCCAUCCAGGAAAGGUGAUAUAUCUUCUUUAGUGCUCAGAGCCUUGUUUACAGGCACGUUUGUUUCAUUGAUCAAUGCCUGUAUUGCAGGUAUACUUUAUGUCCCACCACUGGACUGUGUGAGUGUGUUUCAGAAUUCAGUCUUCAAUACCACUUUCCCCAACCUCGAAACUUGCUGUUAUGAUCUUUACGAUAGCACUAUUAACAACAAUGGGACACUUUCCUUUGGGGGUUCUUGGAGUGAAAUAAAAAAUGCAACAAUUUAUUUUGCAAACUGUUGUGGGAUCUUCAGUGAAUCUGUGUGCAUGUAG